AUGUCACAAUUGUUUUGCGGUGUGAAACCAGAAGAGAACGAUAUCGGUCUAGCAGUUUCACUGCUCAAAUCUUUAAACGGGACCACAGCAGCCAGUAUGGUCUCGGGCACAGUUAGUCGUGUGGCAAGAAGCACGAAUAUUGAUAAUUCGUCAAAUCAAGAGCCCAACAAAAAUGUAACCAGCACAACAGAAGCCCCCAAAACAUUCUGUCAACGUCUAAUCGAGCUCCUAAUGAUAAGACCAAUUCAACCUUACACAGAACGAAUUAGGUUUUUCCUAUAUACUUAUAUUUACUACUACCCUUCUACAUUUGUUACGGACACGAUUAUGAAACGUGCAACUGCAUCACAUCGAUUGUUGAUCAAGCUUCGAGAUACGCUGACUCAAAUUCAGUCGCAUACAAUGCCGACAUUGAACGAAUUUUUACUGAACAGUGAUUCCAUCAAUCGGUUUCGUAAAGCGCUACAAGCAUGUGCAGAGACGGGGACUGCGGACAGCAUUGCUUGUCGUGACUUGCUAACUUUUCUCGACCCGUCUCCGGAUCCCAAUAGAACUGAAUUGAACAUCUUCACUGUGCUUAAAAACAUAAACAUUUUAUUCGGAUAUGUGCUAGAAAUUUUGAAAUGUGCUAAUUUGAAAAGUCGUUUGGUCCCGUCAACGAAAACACAAUUUGAGGGGUACAUGGAGUUGUUUCAGAAGCCCACGUUUCCCAGUGGAAUAGGUGUGGAUUUUCGGCGUGUACCGAAAACAUUAAAUUGGACCGCAAUUACCAACACGUCAGAACACGUAUUUGAAAUCGCGCUGAGAAAAAUUGAAGACACAUACAAUUUCAAAGUGUUUGAUCGGUAUUGGACACCGAGACCACGUCAGAAUCCCAAAAAUGGCGAUAUGAAGUACAUUACCACCGGUUUCAUUGAUCUUCAAGAAUCUAUCAGUCAGGCGAUAGUGUCCAUCGCUUCGUCCAAACCGGAUCUACUUGACACCCCGGCCGAUCCGACCGAAUUGUACAGCAAUCGGAUUACCGCACAACAACUGAAACUGUUCCCGACCCCAUGCUACACAGAUCGAAGUUUUCUAGCGUCCAUGGCAAAAAUGCUACCGCAAUUUUUACUCUUUGCUUGGAUAUUCACUGCCAUGUUCACAGCCAAAUGUAUUGUCGAGGAAAAAGAACAACGCUUGAAAGAAUUCACCAAAAUCAUGGGUGUAUCGAACAUGACACAUUGGCUUGGUUGGUUGACAAUGAAUUUAUUGAUCGUGCUUCCGUGUAGCAUUCUAAUCACUCUGAUGUUAAAGUAUACCCGAGUACUUCAGGAUACCAAUUAUGGGAUAUUGUUGUUUUUAUUCAUUUCCUAUGUGUUUUCUGUGAUAGCAUUGACCUUUCUCUGUUCCACAUUUUUCACACAUGCCAAUCUGGGUGCUGUGGUCACAGGCAUGAUCUAUUUCAUUCUUUAUCUACCCACUCCGAUGAUCCUAUCCAAUGAAGCCGCUUUGCCACCAUCUGCUUUCUACGGUGCAUCCGUAUCCACUCAGGUUGCAUUCAGUUUGGGUAUGUACUACAUCUUGCGAGCGGAAUCAUACGGGAUGGGCACCAGGUGGUCUACAUUCUGGUCAAAUGAUCAAGUGUCCAUGGAAUUUUCCCCUGGUAAAGCCACUCUCAUGUUGUGGGUCGAUACGGCAAUCUAUCUUAUUUUGACCUGGUACAUUGAAGCAGUCUAUCCCGGUCGGUAUGGGGUUCGUAAACCACUUUACUUCCCGUUCACUCGAGCAUAUUGGCAGAGCUCACGCGACAUUGAAUCGGAUUCGCUGAAUGACAUUCCAAAGGAUCUAGACGAACCGAUCUUCACGAAGGAUUCAACUCUGUUUGAACCGCCUCCGGAGAAUGCUCUGAUUGGUAUCGCAAUACGUGAUCUGACCAAGAAAUACAAGAAGCGUUCCAAACCGGCCUUGGACGGACUGUCUAUGAAUUUCUAUGCGGAUCAGGUUACUUCAUUACUCGGUCAUAAUGGAGCAGGUAAAUCCACAUUGAUGUCCAUUUUAACCGGUAUGCAAUCAGCCUCGAGUGGUCUGGCAUUGGUUGCGGGUCAUGAUAUACAAAAACAGUUGCAAACUGUGCGUGAUAUGGUUGGUUUUUGCCCUCAGUACAACAUUCUGUUUGACAAUCUUACUGUUGCGGAACACAUUCAAUUCUACGCCUCGCUGAAAGGAGUUGAUAGACGAACAAUUUCUUCCGAAAUCGAUCGACUUAUGGACGUUCUCGGAUUCCCCGAUAAACGAGAUGAUCGGAGUAAAUCACUGUCCGGAGGGCAGAAGCGUAAACUGUCUGUAGCGAUUGCAUUUGUAGGUAGAUCAAAAGUAGUUUUCCUGGAUGAACCGACCGCAGGUGUUGACCCGUAUUCACGUAGAUCCAUUUGGGACUUGAUUAUCUGUUUGAAACCUGGUCGUACCAUUGUUCUAACCACACAUCACAUGGAUGAAGCAGAUAUUCUAGGAGAUCGAAUCGCGAUCAUAUCACAGGGCCGAUUGAAGUGUGAAGGUUCCAGCUUGUUUUUGAAAGCUAAUCAUGGUCAGGGAUACCACCUAAUCUUGCAACGUAUCGCGGACGAUAACGAUUCUACUACCGAAACCAGUUCAUCAAUCCACAAUCAGGAAAUAUUGGAUUAUAUACAGCGUUACAUGCCCAUGGCAGAACUGGUGGAUGUAUGUGCCACGGAGUUAACACUGCAACUCCCCGGACAUUAUGCGAUCGAUGGAACGUUUACUCACUUUUUCAAACAUAUGGAAUCCAACCCACCUCAUCAGGUACCAGAUGCUCUGCUCAAACUGGGAAUCGUGGGCUAUGGUUUAUCUGAUACAUCACUGGAAGAAGUAUUUUUGGAAAUGGCUGACGACCCGGCUCAUCAGGUUGACUUAUUAGACGAGAUCGAGUCGGUGAACACCGCGAGUAACGACGUAGAGUCGGAACAACACUUCAAAAAAGAGGACGCAGAAAAGGAGAGAAAUGGGUUAGAACAAAAUGCAUCGGAGAGAGAUAAUGGAGACCGGAAAAGAAGAGGACAUUUUGCGCGUCGUCGCUCACAGUUAGACACAUUGCGGCACAGCUCGCGGCUGCAGAGGUUCACCGAUGGUGGGCAGUUACCUGCACCAGCCACGAGACGCAGUUUGGUGGAUCGUCGACGUUUAUUCUCACAGAACACAUCACAAACAAAACGCUCUCAAAUCACUAAAACUGACCUCAAACAACUCUCCUUGGAAGAACUGAAAGUCAGCGUGAUGCAACAACUACGUGCCAUGUUUCCAAAACGUUUUCAUCAUUUCAAACGCUAUAAAAAGGGUUGGCUUAUUGAAUUCCUCCUACCCAUUCUGUUAAUUCUUCUGGCUAUGGGUUUUAUCAGUAUUGUUGUACGCGUGACCAUGAAGAAUCCUCCUAUGCCCAUCAGUCCGUGGCUGAUGGCCCCCAAACGCGGUGAGCUGGCCACGUUCUAUGAAAACCAGGCAUAUGCAAAAGAGGAUCCACAGGAAUGGUCCCUAUCGUCAGGACAAAUUUAUCAAGUGGUUAUGGACUACGAACGGGCUUUAGGUGCGCCGUAUGGAUGGACCGGAACCAGGUGUCUGCCCAAAGAGAUUUAUCAGUUCAUUCCACAAGACCAUUCCAGUUGCGAGGAAACAUGGACCAGUUUACCGCCGUGGGAACCACAAUUCGAGUUGUCCGCCGUAGAGCGCGAAAUGGCCCGAAACAGCUCGCAUGUCGUCUGUUCAUGUCGAACCGGAGGUCAAAUCUGUCCGGCAGAUAGUAUUAAACCAAAUCCACCUCCGCAUGUGGACCUACAAACAACCGAUGUGUUGUAUAACCUGACAGCGUACAAUGUAACCGAGUAUCUGCUCAAAACCAGUGAUCAUUUCUUUCUUCGACGCUUCGGUGGCCUAAGCUUCAUCCUUGAUCCUAAUUGGCCUAUUCGAGGACUGAUGGAGCAAUUCUUAAACCCCAAAAAUCCUUUAUAUGCAGCUAUGGGCGCUCUGACACCGGUCGUGAACCAGACUGGAGUUAAUAAAACCGAUCCGGCUUGGGCAGACUUGGCCAACAUUAUUCGUCUCAUGCUUCCCCCACCUUAUCACAUGAGAAUUUGGUUCAAUAACAAAGGCUAUGUCUCAUCAGUGGCCUAUUUGAACAUGUUACAAAAUAUGCAGCUUCGUAUGGUUGAAGGAGUGACCGCGCUCACGACACGUCGUAGUUACGGUCUGGUGAUCAUAAACCAUCCAUUGGAUUCGCCCCCAGAAGUCAGUGUGAGCGAUUCCGCGCCAUUGUUCUAUGAUGCCACACUGGCAUUGUUCACAAUUUUGGCUUUGUCGUUCAUUCCGGCCAGUUUUAUCACAUUUCUAGUCUUGGAGGUCCAGACUGGAUCCAAACACCUACAGAUGGUGUCCGGUUUAAAUGGUUACGUUUACUGGCUAAGUGUGUAUCUGUGGGACAUUGUGAAUUUUAUUGCUCCCACCCUACUGUGUGUCAUCGUCUUCGUCGCUUUCCAAAAAUAUGCCUACAUCGGAUCGGAUUCCAUUGGAGCGUUUCUAGGUCUGUUGUUUCUCUACGGUCUGUCUGUCCUGCCUAUGCUCUACCCGGCCUCAUUCUUCAUUCGUAAUCCAAGCACAGCGUUGGUGAUAGUGGCUGUUUUCAAUUUACUACUUGGAGCGACCACAGUGAUGGCCACAUUCUUGCUGGACUAUCUACAACAAGGAGAUAGUAGCUUGAUACCGAUCAAUUCUGCGCUUAAAUCUAUUUUCCUCAUCUUUCCACAAUACGCGUUUGGUCGCGGAAUAUAUAAUCUGGCGAUCCGAUACAAUUUGCUUGCACUUCGCGACUCCGGUCUCAUUGAUACGCAAGACUGGGAGAAUCCGUUUGCAUGGAAUGUGGUUGGACGGCAUUUGUUUGCCAUGGGUUUGGAGGCUAUCAUUUACUCCGUCCUGGUGGUUCUCAUCGAACAUGACUUCUAUCGUUCACGCAUUCGAGACUACUUCCACGCACGUUAUCCUCGACUGGAAAAACGAUACACACAUCGCUUGCAAAAGCGACUGGCCAGAUUGGAUCGCGAAGACGGGACGGGAGUGGCAAACGAUGUACGCGAGGAACAAUACAGAGUGAGAAAAUGUAUGUUCAAACAGACUGAUACAUUCUUUACGGCCAUUGUCGGCCAACACGAGUGA